CCCGUGAGGGGCGAGAGAUCCGAAGCCCGGGCGGCGAGAGGCGGAGGGCGGUGCUGCAGCUGCUGGAAGCCGAUCGGCCGGCAGGAGGCGGAGGAGAGAACUUGAACUUGGCGUCGGGAGCAGGCGCCCCGGACGCCCCCCGCCGGGGCCGGGGCGCCGAGGGACCUGGGCCGCAGCGCUGCUCCCCGAAUGGCCGCGGCGGCGGACCGGGUUCCCGCGCCGCGGCCCUAGGCGGCCUCUCGCCAUGGCCAAGUGGCUGAACAAGUACUUCAGCUUGGGCAACAGCAAGACCAAGAGCCCCCCGCAGCCGCCGCGGCCGGACUACCGCGAGCAGCGGCGCCGGGGCGAGCGGCCCUCGCAGCCCCCCCAGGCUGUGCCGCAGGCCCCGGUGGGCGCCUCGGCGUCCUGUGGUCCGGCUGCCGCCUCCUGCUUCUCAACCUCGUCGGGAUCGCUGCCCGACGACAGCGGCAGCACGAGCGACCUCAUCCGCGCCUACCGCGCACAGAAGGAGCGCGACUUUGAGGACCCAUACAACGGGCCCGGUUCGUCGCUGCGCAAACUGCGCGCCAUGUGCCGCCUGGACUACUGCGGCGGCGGCGGGGAGCCGGUUGGGGGCCAGCGCGCCUUCUCAGCCUCGUCGGCGUCGGGAGCCGCCGGCUGCUGCUGUGCCUCCUCGGGCGCAGGCGCCGCUGCGUCCUCGUCGUCGUCCUCCGGUUCCCCGCACCUCUACCGCAGCAGCAGCGAGCGGCGGCCAGCCACCCCGGCCGAGGUGCGCUACAUCUCUCCGAAGCACCGCCUCAUCAAGGUGGAGAGCGCCGCGGGCGGUGCCGGCGACCUCCCGGGGGGUGCCUGCUCUGGCGGCCGCGCCUGGAGCCCGACGGCCUGCGGUGGCAAGAAACUGCUCAACAAGUGUGCCGCCUCGGCCGCGGAGGAGAGCGGGGCCGGCAAAAAGGACAAGGUGACCAUCGCUGAUGACUAUUCAGAUCCCUUUGAUGCCAAGAAUGAUCUCAAGAGCAAAGCAGGAAAGGGAGAGAGUGCUGGGUACAUGGAGCCCUACGAGGCCCAGAGGAUCAUGACAGAAUUUCAGAGGCAAGAAAGUGUCCGGUCGCAGCACAAAGGCAUCCAAUUGUACGACACCCCUUAUGAACCUGAGGGCCAAAGCAUCGACUCAGACUCCGAGAGCACGGUCAGCCCCCGACUGCGGGAGAGCAAGCUGCCCCAGGACGAUGACAGGCCCGCCGACGAGUACGAUCAGCCGUGGGAGUGGAACCGGGUCACCAUCCCAGCGUUGGCAGCCCAGUUUAACGGCAACGAGAAACGGCAAUCAUCCCCCUCGCCUUCCCGGGACCGGCGGCGCCAGCUUCGAGCUCCUGGAGGGGGCUUCAAGCCCAUCAAGCAUGGGAGCCCUGAGUUCUGUGGGAUCUUGGGAGAAAGAGUGGAUCCUGCUGUCCCACUGGAAAAGCAAAUCUGGUAUCACGGAGCCAUCAGCAGAGGAGACGCCGAGAACCUUCUCCGGCUCUGCAAGGAGUGCAGCUACCUUGUCCGGAACAGCCAGACCAGCAAGCACGACUAUUCCCUCUCUCUGAACACCUUACAUUUUAGAAGGCGGAUGUGUUUGCACCAGGAGAGCCCCACCAGGUGGCUAGGACGGAGAGCAUCAUCGUCUUCUUCAUCUCAGGGUAAAGGCAGCUGAAUGAACUUCCAAGACUGGAGUAGAGGCCACGGACUCCCAGCCUGGUCUCUUCCCACCCCGCCCAAGCACUCCUUAUACCAGGUCAGAGGUCAUCUGGAAGCAACCUUAUAGGCCCAUCUAGUCCAGCCUUUGCUUCAUGGGUGGGGAGACUAAGACCCAGAGGGGAUUUGUGAUUGACCUUAGGCCACCUGUUUGGCAGUUGACCACACUGACAAGCGAUGGCGACUGCUUCCCACUGUGGGUGUAAAGGCCAAGCUGCUAGACAUCUGCCACCGACGGCUCUCUACACUCAUGGCGAUCCAAGGUGGCACCUGUGCUCCCCACCCCCUGCCUCUAGAUCCCCUCCCUGACAGACACCCCCACCUGUGGAGCAGUCUUACAGAGAUCCUGCUUAGCUGCUUUGGAACACUGCCCUUAUCCCCUCCUCCCUACAGAGCUCUCCCUCUUCCCCUAGUCUCCUGACUAGGCUCCCUCUCAUGCUAACAGACACGUUGGCCUUCAGAACACUCACUCCAGCCUCCAGGAAGCAAGGGGUUGAGCCUUUAGAUAUUGGCAAGAAAACACCACACUCUAACAGCUUCCUGUCUACAAAGGCAGGCAGUGGGGGAAAGGGAUGAAAAGUCUUGAAAAAUCUCAUUAAAAGGGUUCUUCAGGCACUUUGGACUACGAAUGACUUUUUGCAAGUUCCAGUUUCAGGAGUUUUUGCAAAGGAAUCUGGACAAGCUGAGGGACUAGGACUUCAAAGACGAGGGUUUGCAGCUGGUGGGGGCAGGGAGGCAGGGUGAGUGCCAGGGCUGCCCUCCCCAGAUGCAGGGCAGGCUCUGCUUGCAUUGGGCCCAUCCCCAGGAGUGGGCAGACAGAGUGGCACUUAAAGGCCUUGCAGGGGGGUGCCUGGGUG